AUGAACUACUUCUUUGAAGUCCCUUCACCGAAGCGCCUAAUCAGUGGGAAUAAUAUAAUGUGUACGUGUAUAUGUAUGAAUGUAUGUGUGUUGGGGUUGGGGUGGGGUAACAGUGGGGGGAAAAAAGAAUAA